GUUUCGCACGACUAUCUGUAUGCUACAUUAGGCUAAUAGCAUAUCUGGGAUGUCAGUUCAAGUCGCCAAGCGUUGUUAAAGUUAUCCACUGGAGAUAUUUUUUUAAGGAAAACAACCUCUUAAUAACCCCUGGUGUUCCACAUGGACGAUGUGAAGUGCGUUCACAUCAUUUAGGACACAGCGGGUCCAGUGGAUAGCUGCCGGGGCUACCUAUCUAAAGCUAAUAACAGGCUGAAUAACAUCUCAGUAAAAGGGAAGAAACGCGCUUUCAACAUGUCAUUAUAUCGGUGACAGGACGGUCUGGGGUGGUGAUGAACGACACAACUUUUCUGGACCUCUUAAACAUGGUUUCAUCGCGGAAGGCAGUCGGGUGAAGAUAAGGUAUUUCAGGAGGUGUAACAGGGGAGAUGGGAACACUGUCAACAAGGCGUCUGUCGGCGGAGGUGUAUGCCAAUUAAACGGUGACGGUCUAGUUUGUGAUCGUCACAGAGGUAGGAGUUUGUAAACCCGUGGUCUGUGACAUGCCGACGUGUCGUGUUCUAUCAUUAGAUUACAGGUGAGCUGGGGAAGUAAACAGGUGUGACCCGUGAAUACACACCGAGUUCCUGGUGAACAGCAGAACUACUAGACACUAAACCUCGAUACCUGAUGGAUUUACAGCUCGACACCUGAUGGACCAGAAUAGUGGGAUUACUGUAAUAUCUGCGAAUGCCUUAAUUCCAGUUUCAGGUUCCAGUUUCAAGAUUCAGAGCGAGCAGCUCUGACCGCGUCUUGAGACACCGACGUUAUGAUGAAGGGGAUUAUUCAUAAUGAGGCUUCUGGAAACUAAAGUAUCGCAUCUGCUUGUUCGUGAACAACGACUAUUAGAGACGUGAUCCCUUGCACUGGAAUAAAGAAGGUCCGCAUGGCAACACACUCGGAUGGAUCUCCUGACAUCUGCUAGAAAAGCACAGCCGCUGGCGUAUUGAUUAACUUUCUGCCAGCCCAUACCACAAUAAUGUGCAUAUCACUGGGCAGUUGGAUACCCUCAAAAAUGUUCCCCAUACGGUUACACAUGCUGCUCCUUGCCUUCCUAUUCGGCCAAGGACUAGCGAUGUCCAGAGAGGAGAGACACAAACUAAGGGACCAAGUGGUGGAGAUGUUUGACCAUGCUUAUCAGAAUUACAUGGACCAUGCUUACCCAGCGGAUGAGCUCAUGCCUCUCACGUGCAGAGGUCGCGUCCGGGGCCUUGAGCCUAGCAGGGGCGAUGUGGACGAUGCUCUGGGCAAGUUCUCCCUCACCUUGAUCGAUACUCUGGACACCCUAGUGGUGCUGAACAAGACGGUAGAGUUCGAAGCGGCCGUGCGGCGGGUCUUGAAAGACGUGAAGCUUGACAACGACAUCGUGGUGUCCGUGUUCGAGACCAACAUCCGCGUCCUGGGAGGGCUGCUGGGAGGCCACUCCAUGGCCAUCAUGCUGAAGAAACGCGGAGAGCGCAUGCUGUGGUACCAAGACGAGCUCCUGCACAUGGCCAAAGAGCUGGGACAUCGUCUGCUGCCCGCCUUCAACACCAGCAGCGGCCUCCCUUAUCCCAGGGUCAAUCUGAAACAUGGGGUCGGGGGUCCUGAGAGCCGGACAGGCACAGAAACGGACACCUGCACGGCCUGUGCAGGGACGAUCAUCCUGGAGUUCGCUGCUCUAAGCCGCUUCACCGGGGACCCCGUGUUUGAGGUGCAUGCCCGCAGAGCCCUGGACUUCCUGUGGGAGAAGAGGCAGAGGAACAGCAAUCUCGUGGGCACCACCAUCAACAUCCACUCUGGAGAGUGGGUCCGCAGAGACAGUGGCGUCGGAGCAGGUAUCGACUCGUACUACGAGUAUUUGCUGAAGGCGUACGUCCUCCUGGGAGAUGACCUCUUUCUGCAGCGCUUCAACAUUCACUAUGCAUCCAUCAUGAAGUACAUCAGCCAGCCGCCCCUGCUGCUGGACGUCCACAUCCACAAGCCCCUCCUCCCCGCACGCACCUGGAUGGACUCCCUGCUGGCCUUCUUCCCCGGACUCCAGGUGCUGAAGGGCGACAUCCGUCCCGCCAUCGAGACACACGAGAUGUUGUAUCAGGUGACCAAGAAACACAACUUUCUCCCCGAGGCCUUCACAACAGAUUUCCGGGUCCACUGGGCUCAGCACCCCCUGAGACCUGAGUUUGCUGAGAGCACCUAUUUCCUCUACAAGGCCACCGGAGACCCCUACUACCUGGAGGUGGGGCGCACCGUGCUGGACAACCUCAACCGCUACGCCCGGGUGCCCUGUGGCUUCGCGGCCAUGAAGGACGUGCGCACUGGCAGCCACGAGGACCGGAUGGACUCGUUCUUCCUGGCCGAGAUGUUCAAGUACCUGUUCCUGCUGUUCGCCGACACGGAGGAUCUUCCCUUCGACGUGGAGGACUACAUCUUCACCACGGAGGCCCACCUGCUGCCCCUUUCCCUCUCCGUGGCCCCCAGCUCGGCCGCCACGCUGGGGAACGCCACGUCCGAGGGCGAGGUGGACGACACCAACUUCGAUUGGACCUGCCCUAACACUCGCCUCCUCUUCCCCGACCCCGCCUACCCUCGGAACCUCAGGGACCCAAUCCGCAGUGCCGUGGACAAGAGCUGUCCCCGCCCCCUUCCUUACCGGGAGCCGGGGAUGGGUCGCGCCCCCCUCCGGGCUCAGGACUUCAUGGCCAACAACCCGGAGCACCUGGAGCUGCUGAGGCGGAUGGGGGUCAGCCUGAUCCACCUGAAGGACGGCCGCGUGCAGCUGGUGCAGCACGCCACCCAGGCUGUGAGUGCAGUGGCGGCGGAGGACGGCAUGCGCUUCAUGCAGGAGAUGAUGGAGCUCUCCAGCCAGCAGCAAAAGGAGCAGCUUCCCCCGAGGGCCAUCCAGAUCGUCUCACACCCCUACUUUGGCAGAGUGGUAUUGACCGCUGGCCCCGCUCAGUUCGGAACGGACCUGUCCAAGAGCUCCACGGGGGUCCGGGGCUUCGUGACGGUGGCCGAGCCCUACAGCGGCUGCUCCGAGCUGACCAACGGGGACUUCGUGCAGGGACGCAUCGCCCUGCUGCAGAGGGGCCAGUGCAUGUUCGCCGAGAAGGCCCGCCACAUCCAGCGGGCCGGCGCCAUCGGCGGCAUCGUCAUCGACGACAACGAGGGCAGCAGCAGCGACACCGCCCCGCUCUUCCAGAUGGCGGGCGACGGGCGCAGCACGGACGACGUCCACGUGCCCAUCCUCUUCCUGUUCCACAAGGAGGGGAACAUCCUGCUGCGGGCGCUGAAGGAGUACCGCGAGGUGGAGGUGUUGCUAAGCGACAAGGCCCGGGACCGAGGUGUGGCCCUGCCUGAGGAGGUGAACAACUGUGUAACGCACAAGACCACGCCCUCGCUCGCGGGCCCCGGAGACAAGGUGCAGACGAGCACCGUGGAGCUUGACAUCUCCGAGGCGGCGGCGGCGGACGAGGGUCGCGCCGGGGAGGACGACGCCGGUUCCCCGGGGGAGACGGCGGGCCCCUCAGAGCCUCAGGAGUCCAGUCGGACUGAGCCGAGUGAUGAGGGGGAGGAGCCGGAGCCGGAGGGGGAGGUGCCUGAGGGGGCGGCGCCGGAGGGCGACGAUGCCCCGAGUGGCAGCAGCAGCAGCCAAUCAGUGGAUGAGUUAAUGGCUGAUUGGCAGGAGGACUUGGACGCGUUUCAGCAGAUGGACGAAGAGGAGCUCUGACAGUCACCUGAACCCCCGCCCCCUGUGACUGUGGUACGACCCAGAUGGGGGACAGCUGAGGUUCCCUUACAAUCAUCAGAUGAAAAAAAAUAAAGAGACUGUCGUGUGAAAAGGGAAGGCUUUUUAAGAGCAGAAAUAAUGAAUCUGGCACGUUUAGAAAAACGACAACAAUACAAACUGAACAAAGAGGCUUUAGAUGAUAUUAUGCGAGCAGUAUUCCUCAGUGGGAGACAGAAGGCUGAUUGGAAGCUAUCUUUAACCUCAAGAAGGUCCUUGUAGCUGAUGGGUUAUUGUUUGGGUUCCAAGGAGGAGGGGAGUCCCUCGCUUCACUGUCAGAGCGCUCUGCAUAACCCAUUCUAGAGAUAACAAGCUACAGGGACUAGAUUACACAUAACCAUAAGCUUACUCUCGCGUUGGACUUCAUCUUGCUCUCUCUAUGCAUUUUUAUCUGACUCUUUUACUUACAAAUGGGAAGCCAUAAUCAAUGUUGAUUUGAUUUAAUAAACUGGUCCAACUUUACUUAGUGGGGCCUGCAUCGAGUGUACGGCAUGAAGCCUCCUCAGUGGGGGCCGCUGGCCUACAUUGACGCACGGUACGGGUUUGCAAAGCCUUCUCCCCUGGAAGAUGUAUGUAUAUGUACAAAGAUGUAAUUGUCCAGAUAUUUUUGUUUAUAUUGACUAUAUAGCUUUGCAUCGUUUCUGGUCGUGCUGACUGAUCAACCAGCCGUACCAGGGAAAAAAAAUACCUCGCGCUGGACCACAAAGUGUUGAGCGGACCAGCCCUUCAAUGUAUUGCGAAUUAAGCUUGGGGUGACACUACCACCGAUGGCCACCAGAGGGCGGAGCGGUUUUUAGUUCACGGCUCAGUCUGCGGUGAGCUGAGCUCACUGAAAUAGGAAAUUUAGCAAAUUAAUUAAUUGAAGAUAAGGUGGAAUAUAAUAAAAUGGAAUUACUUUUAAUUGCUGUA